CAUUCUUUGUUGCUCCUGUUUACGUUUUCCCCCCACUUCUUGUCUUUCUCUCACAGGACUGGAGCGCAGCCAUGGGGCUCCUCUUCGCGGCUCUCCUCCUCUGCUUCGCCCUGUGUUUGGGGUCUGUUGGAUGUGGACCCUCCUCGUCCUGCCCGAGCGGCCAGUUUGCGCUGAACGGUCAGUGCGUCCUGUGCCACCCCACCUGCUCCGAGUGCCACGGCCACGAGCUGUUCGACUGCACCACCUGUGGAGUUUAUGAAGACGGACAGGAGCGUUUCCUCCACCAAGGUCGCUGCAGGACACACUGCCCCAGGGGACUCUACCCUGACAGGGGUCACUACGCGUGCCUGCCCUGCAUAGCCAAUUGUGAACUCUGCGCAGAUGGCAAUUUGUGUGCCAAAUGUCGAGAACGCUACAAGCUCCAGAACGGGCUCUGCCAAGCUGCACUUUGUGACAUAGGACAGGUGCAGGACCCAGAGACAGGAGAGUGCACCGACUGUGAAAUGGGCUGCAAGACAUGCUCUGCAGAAGACCCGUUGAUCUGCAGCACCUGUGUUCAAGGUUACUUUCUUUUCAGACAGCGGUGCCGCAGACAUUGCCCUCAGAGCACCUAUGAGGACCGCAACAGUGGAGUGUGUCUGUCCUGUACAGCUCCAUGUGAGGACUGCAGGAGCAACACACUCUGCAUCGCCUGCCAGUCUGGUUACUUCCUGCACGRAGGGGAGUGUGUGAAACAGUGUCCGCUGCACACCUUCAGUGAGUCCAGUGGGUGGCGCUGUCAGCCUUGUCACRUCUCCUGUCAGAGCUGUCAUGGACCUCAUUCGACAGACUGUGAGCUUUGUCAGAGUGGGAAUCCUCCUCUGCAUGGACAGUGUCCACAGGUGAACUGUCCACUUGGACAGUACUUUGAUGGAAAAUACAGUGAAUGCCGUCCAUGUGAUUCUUCCUGUAAGACCUGUUUUGGCCCUCAAACACUUGAUUGUUCAUCUUGUUUCCAAGGAUAUUUUCUGGAUCAGGAGAGYUCUUGUGUAGACCGUUGUCCUUCCGGCUCUUAUGCAAACCCUGCCACCCAGCUGUGUGAAGACUGCUCGCCAAACUGUGACGACUGCGUGGACACCAGCGAUAACUGCAUCAGCUGCUCCAGAGGCAGCAAUAAACUUUUCCUCUAUAAGGGCCGGUGUUGGUCCAACUGUCCGGAGGGUUUCUUUGAGACUCAGGAGGGCUCGUGCGAAGCUUGCGAUAGCUCCUGUCAAACUUGUGAUGAGACYGGGUCUCAGUGUCUGUCCUGUGCUGACGGCUUCUAUUUAGAGAGCAGUGUGUGUAGACUGAACUGUUCUCUGAGGACGUACCCAGCGAAUGACGGUACCUGCAGACACUGUCCUCCUCAUUGUGACGUCUGCUCUGACGGCAGGACCUGUUUCAAAUGUACCUUCCUCUACCUGAUGCUGAAUGGUGCUUGUAUAGCAAGUUGUCCCAUGGGCUACUAUGAGGACAUGGAGGAGGGUUGCUGCGGCCAGUGUCACCCCACCUGUGCCAACUGUUUGGGGCCUCUGGCAGAUGACUGUGAGACCUGCUCGACCACCAGUCCCAAGCUUUUUAAAGGUUCAUGCCUUAAGGAUUGUCCUACUGGUACUUACUAUGAGACUGCAGCUAUGGAGUGUCAAGAGUGCCACCAGACCUGUCUGAGCUGCACUGGCCCUGAUCCAAACCAGUGCACCCAAUGUGAGAAGGGGCUUGUGCUGGAUCCAAACACGCUGCUGUGCGGCGUGACGGGCGACACAGCUUGCCCACUGAGAACCUUCUUACAUCAUGACCAGUUCAGCUGCGUGAGCUGUCACCAGUCCUGUCACUCCUGUAACGGGCCAGACAACAGUGACUGUCUGACCUGCACCAUCCCCAGAUACCUUCACAACAGCUCCUGUGUGACUGAAUGUCCUGCUGGUUCAUACACCACCAGACAGGAAGCUGAUGGACAGCAGCUGGGGUUCUGUUUGCCCUGCGACCAUGUCUGCUCCACUUGCACCGGGCCGUCACCUCGAGACUGCCUGACGUGUUCUCCGGGGUACCUGCGACUCUUUCAGCUCUGUGUCAUCCACUGUCCCACCGGGUAUUACAGAGAGGGUUUUCACUGUAAGAAAUGCGAUAAGUCCUGUGAGGUGUGUUCAGGACCGGGUCCAGAGUUCUGCAGAGCUUGUCCUCCUCCUCUCCUGGAGCUGCAGGGAACCAAGCUGUGUGUGGAGCGCUGCCCACACCGCUUCUUUCAGGUUGAUGAAAUGUGCAAACAGUGCCAUACCAGCUGUCAGACGUGCACAGACUCUUCACCUCAAGGAUGUGUGACGUGCGACUGGGGUAGCACACUGAAGGACAACAUCUGCUACCCAMGAUGUGAGGAGGGGCGGUACUUUUCUCAUGAGGAAACCUGCGAGCCCUGUGACAGCUCCUGCAGGCACUGCACCGGACCAAGRCCCGACCAGUGUCUGCUUUGUCACAGAGAUUUUGCUCUCCAUGCCGUUGAGAACCGUUGUGCUCGCUGCUGUCAGAACGCAGAGAAUUACACCGAUUGCUGUGUUUGUGACAGCCGCUCAGCACUGUGUGUGGAGAUACCCCAGCCCAGGUCUGGAGAURAGGAGGAGGAGGCAGACAUGAAUGUGUCCUCCACAGCUUUGAAGCACACCUCAGCUGCCUUGCCCAUUGCCCUGCUGCUGGCAGCGGGGCUGGGCCUGGCUGUGUUUGCCUUGAUCAAAGCCCACGCCAGAAGGAGGCUUUGCUGGAACCGGAGCUACGAGAGACUGAGCGGCAGCGGCAGCCUCAACAUGCCCCAUGGUGUGCCGGAGCCAGACAGCGGGGAUGAAGUCGAUGUGGUGUACACAUCCAGGGGCGGAUCAGUGUACCGACGUUACAGCUUCAUCCACGAGCAGGACACAGAUGCGGACAGAAACACGGAUGAAAACACGAGUCUCGAUCAGUCUUAGAUGCAUUCACAUCAAAGUGUACUAAAAACUGUAGGGUGCCAAGUGUAACAUAAUAUGUUUAAAAAAUGUCACGUUUUAUUUAGCUCACAGUGUAAUAAUCAAGUAAAAAAAUCCACCAACAUUUUAUUGUUAUUUAGCUCACGGCUCGUUAUGACAUCAUCAUCCUGUGACAAAAGCAACGGCUAACGCUGCUAGCGCUAUUGAAGAUGGUAUUUAAAAUUUAAAUUCAAAAUGUGGAUGGCACCUGUGGUCCAGCAGUUUGAAGUGCAGUUCGUGUACAGGCUGCAGCUGCAACUUUGAUGUCUUGUAGGGAGGCGUUAGCAGUUGCUUUUGUCGCAGGGUGAUGACGAGCCAAGUGCCAACGGCAAAGGCUGCCUCCCAUUCCAAAAAAUAUUUAGCCAAAACUUUUACAAUUUAACUUCUACAUUAAGAUUUAUGAUUUUAUAUUUACAUGUUUUUUAAACAUUUAGUAAAUAUCAGCUAAAUGUAAGAACAGUUAGCUAAGUAACAAAAAAGUGGGUUUUCUUUCUAAGAUUUUAUACUGAGAAAAUGCUCUAAAUAAUGAACAUGUGCUGAAGACAUUUUUUAACAUUUUAUUUUACGCUUAGCGCUCAAUUAAAGAAGAAGUAUUCAUGUUCAUAAUGGAAGCUGACAGAAAAUGUCGCUUAGGUGAUGUUUAGACAAACAGAAAAUGAUAUUUUAUUAGCAAUCUGCCAAUCAGUCACUACCCUCACAUGGGCAAUGGCUGAUUGCUCACAGCUGCAGCCUGCCUCGCCCCUCAUUAGCACUGCUUUAUAUAACGCUCCUCCAGUCUUCUGUUCCUCGCUGCAUCAAAGCACCUCCUACUGGGUCUGAUUCUGGCCUCUGAUAAACAUUAUGUACCUGAAAGUUAAAAUCAAAAAGAAAAAAUAAGUAGAUCCUCUAGAUGGGUUCUUCUUUAGUGAAACGUUUCGUCUCUCCUCCAAGAGACUUCUUCAGUCUGAGGAGUUUCAGGUGAAACUCAGCCUUAUAAGCCCUGAAAGUUAUUCAUCUCUUUGUGUGACUAUCUUCAGUCUUUUCCCUGUGGUCCCUUGAAGACCGCGCUGGGGUCCUGUUUCCUGAAGUGUUUGCACUUACCUGGUUCCCUUGGCAUCCUGUGAUCGACACAUCUGUCCACACUUACCUGAACUCCUGGAUCCCUCCUCAUCUGCUCCUGGGAAAUCACCUGUAAAUGUACUCACCUGGGUUCCAAUAUCCUCACUUGUAAAUGUACUCCCCUGGGCCCAAAGAUCUGGAUCUCUCAUCCGGAUUCCUGCCUCCCUGAAAAACGGGUCCUACCUGCUGCUCAGCCUCAUCCCUGCGAAACAUUCCAGUAAGCAUCUUCCUGUUCCUGGACUUACUCUCUGCCUUCACCUCCACAGCCAUUGGACCAGAUCCUCUCCUGGAAGUUUAAUAAAAUAUAUUUUAUUCUGGUUUCCUGAGUCAUCUGUUCACCUCUCUUGUUAAAAUACUGACAUGACUCCUGAGUUUCUGACAAUUUUGUUUUGGUAUUCUUAAAAUUGUUUAAGACUGWGUUAUCCAUUUUUAUUCUACAAAGUGCCUGUAUAUGCCAAAUAUACACUAUUAGAUGAAGGUGUGAGCAAUAAUGAAUGUGUUUAGAUAAGCAAGUGAGAAAUGACUUUCUCUAAGAGGAAAAAGUGGGAGCACAUUUGUAUAUUACACACUGUUUAAUAAAGGUGUGAGUGAAGGUGGCCAUGUUUAGAAAAGUGACUGAUAAAUGACUGCACUGUUUGAAAAAUGUGUGCGCAAUAAAAAACUGCUUAUACUGUAUUUGUAUAAAUGUAUUUUUUUUUAGAAAAAACUUUUUGUUAAACUAAGAACAGGUCUGAACUGUCAGCAUGGUUUAUUGUAAAUCGUUAAAAUAAAAAAAAACUUUUGAAAUUGA